GUUUUGAGGUCAACUGUCAAUUUGUGCGCGAAUAACGUUUGUUGUAAAAGAUUAACGCUUUGUUUUGAUUUUUACUGUUUUGCAGUUAUUUAAUCAAUGGAGGGCGCGGCGACGCCUGAGACGGGGCGUCGCACCCGGGCCGCUCUCGCCGAGAUCCCCACGCGCCUGGACCGUCUCCGCGUCACUCCGCUUCAACCCGUCACCAACUUACGUGAGCUGUCGCCGGCGCUGCCCCCUAGCUACCUCAGCCCGGCACCCUCUCCCGACGAAUUAUGUAUACAGCAGCGAGGAAGAAAACGACAACCAGUAACAUGGUCUCCCGAUAUAGACACCAAACGGAACUCAACAUUUCAUUCUACUAUUCGAACUCCACCAAAGAACUCUCCUGGUCGCACUUCACCUCCUAAACUUGGAGUGACUCUUCGUUCGACACCGAGAAAACGUCUAUUACUUGGCGAAACCGAACGUAUACCUUUAACACCUGAAAAGAUUGACUUUAGUGAUCUUAGCACACCACAAAAAUUUAAAAUAACCAGCCCAAUUAAAGGUACACCGCCUAUCAAAAGAUUCAGAUUAGACAAAACCGUGGAAGAGUUCAGAGGUCCGAUAGAUGUUGCUCUAAAAGGUCUCAGUCCAACUCAACUUGUUAAUAUAAUCAAACGUAUAACUCAGCAUCAUCCAGAAAUAGAACAGGAAAUAAGAAGAGAAAUGCCAACGCCGGAUCUUACUCCUUUAGAAGAGAAACUGAGCUAUUUGAAGUCAAAUAUUUUCAAAAGUCUACCAACAUCGAGACUUACUUCCAAAACCGAUUCACCAGCUUUCUCACGUGCAUCCACACAUUUGGCUGCAUUCAAGAAGUGCUUAAUUGAGCAAGGAAAAACAUUAAUUGACUCACAGCAUUGGGAAUCUGUUGUUAAAUAUGUAUUUCUUGCUUGGAGUUACGUAAGAGCGACACCAGUAUGGGAUAAUCAGCCACAUAAUGCUCAUAGGAAACAGUGUUUUAAGGCUCUGAUCAAUUUCUGCAUGACGUCAUUAAAAAAAGGUUCUCUGGAUAAGGAUGUACUAAUUGAUACACAAGACAAGCUGCAGGAUUUAGUUGCAGAUAGUGAAGAAGUACAGUCAUGCAUAAAACUUAUACAAGGAAGACUUCAAGAUUAUCUUUAAAAUGUGUUAGAUUCAAUUAUAGAUAACAAUUCUAGACAUUUUAAUAUACAUACUCAGUGAAAAUAUCUAGUACAAUCAAUACUUUUUAAAACCUUUUAAGAUAAUU